AUUUCUCAGCCAGCUGGGAUGGCACGGCUAGUUGGUAGCAUGAUGUCUAUUGAACCAUCCCCCUUUCCUCAGGGUCGAUAUAGCCCUCCGAGCAUGUGCCAGGCGAUAGAAGGCCCCCCUUCCUCUGGGCAGAGACAUCCCACACCAAUCCAACAACGCACUUUGCUCCAUCAGCCAGGCAGAUCUGCACACCGCAGAAGUGCACAGCCAGGUGCCCUGCUUCCAGUGCCAGGGAGACUCAUCUUUCAGAGCACAAUGCUGGGCAUCCGGCCAUGUCCUAGCAGUAAGAGGAAGAAUGGGGCAGUCUACCUUUGGCAGCUGGGGAAGAAGGCCGUGUAAACAGAUCACAGCGGAGGCGGCUGAAGUGACCAGAAACACGCACAAUGUUAGGGCCUGGCUCUGGCCCAGGAAAACCCAGAAAGGAAGAAACAUAAAUAGGUAAAGGAUGAACAGGAGUGGGGUGAGAAAGCUUUGGUGACCAGGACAAACCCAAGGCUCUUCAGGAAGCGGGAUUAUGAAAGUUACUUGUGUUCCCUGCUGUUCCCUGCAGAAUGCCGAAGUUCUGUGUCUGCACUCAGGGCCUUCAACGUGGAGCUGGCUCAGGUUAAGGACUCGGUCUCUGAGAAAGCAAUUGGACUGAUGCGGAUGCAGUUCUGGAGAAAAGCUGUGGAGGACAUAUACCGCGACAACCCGCCACACCAGCCUGUGGCCGCGGAACUCUGGAAGGCUGUCAAGAGACAUAAUCUAACUAGAAGAUGGCUUAUGAGAAUCAUUGAUGAAAGAGAAAAAAAUCUGGAUGACAAAGCGUAUCGCAGUAUCCAGGAGCUUGAGAAUUAUGCCGAGAACACGCAGAGCUCUCUUCUUUACCUGACACUGGAGGUGCUGGGCGUGAAGGAUCUUCAUGCAGACCAUGCUGCAAGCCAUAUUGGAAAGGCACAAGGCAUUGUCACGUGCUUGAGAGCAACGCCCUAUCAUGGUAGCCGGAGAAAAGUGUUCCUGCCCAUGGAUGUCUGUGUGCAGCAUGGUGUUUCUCAAGAGGACUUUCUGCGGAGGAGCCGUGAUAAAAAUGUGAGGGAUGUCAUCUAUGACGUCGCCAGCCAGGCACACUCGCACCUAAAGCAUGCGAGGUCCUUCCACAGAAGCGUUCCUGCGGAGGCCUUUCCCGCCUUUCUUCAGACGGUUACUCUAGAGGACUAUUUAAAGAAAAUCCAGCGAGUGGAUUUUGAUAUAUUCCAUCCAUCUUUACAGCAGAAGAACACAUUACUUCCAUUAUCUUUGUAUAUUCAAUCAUGGAGAAAAAGAUAUUAAAAUAAUUUC